UGUCCGUGUUUCGAAGAAUUUAUCGAAACGGUCGUACCACUGCGUUCGCAUUCGUCUACGCGAGCUUCACUCGUUUUCGCGCGUGCAACUAUACCUUUCUUUCUCGAGUUUCUUUGUUCCGUCAUUUUCAGCAUUCCGUUUCCGUGCGUUCCUCAUUCUUACGCGCUUUACGAUGAUGUUCGACUAUUAUUUAAUGUAUUUGUUUUCGAUAAUAAUUGCGUAUCGUUUAUUCGAUAAUUCUCGAAAAAAAUUUAUCUUUGUACGUGUAUAAUUUUGUUUAUUCGAUAUUCGAUGAAAAAUGAACGUAAGUGAUUGAAUAGUGUUUGUAGUGAUUCUGCCAAUAUUUUUCUGGAACGAAGUGUAUCACUGAUCACGUGUCAAUCUUGCAACGAAUUUUUAAUUAAUAAAUUUUAUGUUUUAAAAAUGUUUAAAAAAUAUAUAUAAUUUUUAUUUUAUAUAAUAAUUUUGAUUAACGAAACGAAUAUACUAUGUAAAAUUGGAAAAGGAAAAAGAAUUUGGUGUCUAAUAGUUCAUCAACGAUUCCGGUGGUUUGCUUAGUUCCAUUAGUUUUCCCGCGAUUUUCGUAGCUAGCAUCAUGGACGCGUCCCUCGUGCAUUUUUUAAGAGUGUAAACUGUGAGUGGAAAUAUAUAAUUAUUAAAACACGAACACGUGAAAUACCUUUGGAAAUUAAACAUUUAAUAAAAACAAUUGUAUUGGCGGCUAGAUUUUAAGUAAAUAGAGGCUUUGAGUGUAUUUAUCGGAUCAAAAGCUUUGAUCUUGCGUCUGAAAUAUUGUAAUCACCGAUGAUACAUCGGAAAAAAAAUUCAAUGUGACUAUGUCGCUUCUAUUGAAUAGAAUUCGGUUGUAUGAUAGAUGAUAUCGUGAUAAAUCAGUGAAUAAAUGAAGAAUGACAUAAAUCGUGUGGAUUGAUCGCGAGUGAAUAUCAUAAACGUUACCAAUGCGAACCAAUAUUCAAUGUCAGUGAUUGAAGUGACGUAAUAUAUGUUUAACAUAACCUAUAUAUCAACAUCGUAACUGAACGUUGUCUUUCAAUAAGAUACGUGUAAUCGAUGUUACAAACAUAUAAUCAUCGAAUCGAAAUUUAAUAAAAUAUUCUUAAAUUUCGCGAUAAGUGUUCAAAAUGUUUGAUUCAUUAGGACCGACUGGUUCUUUGAUUAGACGAGACAAUCCCAGCAACUUGAAACCAAUUAAGAGUUUGAAACCAUUUUCCUGAACGAAUCUACUAAUUAAAGCGGGUCAUUUAGUAUUCUACUGUAAAAUCGGUUAAUGUCGCCAUGCUGGAGAGAUCGAAGUAGUUACGUUUAUACGUUUGAGUGGUGUUUGCGUUCGGAUAUACGGCUACAGAUCGGAAGAACAGCCACGAAUCGACGAGUCGUUUUUUUCACGACUGACGUUUACUUGGCACAGGAAUAUUCGUCGAAAGAGGGAAUGAAGGACCAUCCAGACAGCACGUAGGGACUGGCCCUUCUCGUUUUCGGAGAUGUGGCGCUAUCUACAAUACACUAUCUUCGGGCUUACCGUCGUCCUGCUGACGAUUUAUGAGAUAGUCUUCGUGCAAGCUGGUGAACAAGAGAGGGUGGCAUGGUACGAGGGUGCGACACGCGCGAUCGAAGGGCGUAUUCGCGCGUCGGCGGCGACUUGGAGCGCGCCACCGCCGGGCGGCGUGGCGAGGGGCGUCGUUCUCUUCGUCGGCGACGGAAUGGGGAUGAGCACCCUCACGGCAGCGAGGAUCCUCUCGGGUCAACGUCAUGGAAACACGGGCGAGGAAGCGCAACUCGCGUGGGACAGCUUUCCAGCCGUGGCACUGGCAAGGACUUACAACAUGGAUGCCCAAGUCGGGGAGUCGUCAGCAUGCGCGACGGCAUUACUCUGCGGGGUUAAAGCCAAUUACGAGACUGUUGGCCUGGACUCCUCUGCACGCUUCGAGAACUGCUAUUCCAGUUUUGAUGCCCGUGUACCGUCCCUUAUCAAUUGGGCGCAGGAGCAGGGCAAAUCGACAGGAUUGGUUACGACGACGAGGGUGACGCACGCGACACCGGCGGCCCUUUACGCCCACGCAGCCAGCCGUUACUGGGAGGACGACGGCAAAGUGCCACCUGCUGCACGAACAUCGUGCAAGGACAUCGCGCGUCAGCUGCUCGAGGAUGAGCCAGGCCGUAACAUCAACGUGAUACUCGGCGGAGGUAGACGUCAUUUCGUGCCGAAAGUGAUCCAGGAUCCGGAAGAGCCGGAUAAGGAAGGAAGACGAUUGGACGGAAGGAAUCUGAUCGAGGAAUGGUCGAGGAACCAUCGGUUGCGGAACGUGGCCGCGAAAUACGUGGCUAACAAGGAGCAGUUCGAGAGCGUCGAUCCACGGAAAGUGAACCAUCUGUUGGGGUUGUUCUCCUAUUCCCAUAUGGACUUCGACGUUGAUCGAAACACGAACGGAAGCGGUGACCCGUCACUGGCCGAAAUGACGAUAAAGGCGCUUCGUAUACUGGCCAAAAAUCCCGAAGGAUAUUUCCUUUUCGUGGAAGGUGGCAGAAUCGAUCACGCGCAUCACUAUAACAAUGCUUAUCGAGCGUUGGACGAAACAUUGGCUCUGGAGGAAGCUGUGAGGGCCGUGAUGAAGGAAGUGGACUUGUCAGAAACGCUUCUCGUCGUGACGGCGGAUCACUCGCACGUACUCACGCUUGGUGGUUUAGCAACGCAUCGUGGGAAUCCUAUAUUUGGUUCUGACAGCAAGAUGUCCGAUGUUGAUGGACAACCGUAUACAACGUUAUUGUACAGCAACGGACCCGGAUACACGCAGCCAAGGAAUAUUUUACGAGAGGCUGGCAAGGAUUCCAUUCAGACUGCGGGAGUUCCCCGCGCAUGGGCGACGCACGGCGGCGAGGACGUGCCAGUGUUCGCGAUCGGGCCCCUGGCCAACGUCUUGUUCUCCGGUAGCGUCGACCAGAGCUACAUACCCCAUGCGAUCUCGUACGCCUCCUGCCUGGGCCACCACGCGAGCCGCUGCUCCCGAGACCCGACAUCGAGCAACGACACAAUCAGCGUCCCGAUAAGCUGUCCCUCGGCGGAGCCGAACAGCGCCGCGAUAUCCAGCGACGUGAUGAACGACCAGGCCAGAAAUCCACCCACCAAAUCCGCCGCGUCUCUCCUCACGCCGGCCACUGUUCUGCUACCCCUUGUCCUUGCCGUUCUACCCUCCCCCUCGCUCCAGGGGACGAGUUAAUGCCCGUCAGACCCUCUUCCGGUGAAUAGUUCCAACCUACAUUCCUCCUCCUCUCUCUCCCUCCCUCUCUCUCUCUCUCUCUCCCUUUAAUCCGUUCGAGGACGAGACAACAGGUGAUCCAACGACUUCGUUAUUCGGGAUUAACAGUAUCGACGAGGGCGAGCAGAGAGAUUCGAGGGAACGUGGAGACUCAGAGUCGAGUCGUCCGGACGAGGAGUAAUAAAUCGAAGCCCCGUUAAAAUUCUUCGCCCCUUGGCGGAAGCAGAACGAGAGGUGUACAAAACGAGGUGAAUAAGGUGGCUUCCUGCACAGGAUAUAUACCACGAAUUCGAAUUUCCGUGAUCCGCACGCGUGUGAAUAAUUGAUCGGCUCCCCCGAUAUCCGCUCCCUCCUUCUCUCCCGAUCGAGAGUAUUCUCCCCCUGGAACCUGUUUAAACCUGUAAAAUCCGGGGAUUGUAUACGUACGGAUUAAUGUACGACGAGGGGGAGGCGUCGCCUUGAACGGUGGUUUAAUCCCUUAUUAACGGUGCAGAAACGGAGAGAGAGGGAGAGAGAAAGAGACGUUGUUCGAUUGACCGAGAGAGAGAGAGAGAGAGAGAGAGAGAUGGAUAUCGGAUGUUGGGGGGAUGGAAAGGACGAAGCGAAGUAAUUUGCUAGUGGAGCGUCGAAAAAGUUCGUUCGCGGAAUCUAUGGAGUCCACCCAUUUGGAUUCCAUGAAGAGAGAGAGAAAGAGAGAGAGUUAAUGACGGUUCUUGCCUAAUUUCGCGAAGAAUUUUAGGCGCAAGAGGGUGGAAAGCGGUUGACGAGGGACAAUUUGCGACGAUAAUGACUGUCCCAAGGCGGCUCGGUGAACUUUUACCGACUUUCAAAGCUUUAGCAGAAUCUAAAUGGGGUUUACAAGUGCUACGUGACGGGGAUACUCGAUCCGGGACCCACCAACGAUUAUCCGAUAGACUCGACCUCGGUUCGAUUCGAGGGAGGGAGAGUGGAAAGAAUCGUGCCAGCCGUUCCCCUCUUUCGAAAUUUGUAAAAAAUUUGUAAUUUCGUUGUUGUUUGGAUAAGUUUGAAACGCGGGAAGGGAUCUAUUCGAAAAGUGGUGGAAAUUAUGGUAACCUCGAUUCGUUCCUUUCGAACAUCGAAUUUACGACGAUUAUAAUUUAAACAACGACGAAGAAUGGCUUCGAAAACGGAUGUUUCCGUAGGGAAAUAAAUUCUUUCAUUAUUUUUUCAUUUCUUUUUUUUGUUUUCUAAUUUCAAUUCGUCCCAUCGAAAAACGGAAUAUCCAUCUCCAUUUACGUUUUCGUGGCAGUUUGCUCGAGAACGAAUCGAUUGUAAAUUUGUAUGAUAAAAAUAAAAGUAUUUGAUCGGCAACGUUAUAUAUCCACGUGAUAUAUAAUUCCAUCGAAUAUAUAUCGCCUAUCGAGAUUAUUCUUGUAUUACCACGUAAGCCCGUUCGUUCGUUUCCAUUUCAUCGAAACUGUGUUGCGUUUAAUCGUGAAACUUGAGGUACGUUUUAACAUGCUUAAUCAACCGGGUCUCGUUUGACUUUUCGAAAUAAAUUUCGACCGCGAAUUAGCGUAUUAUAUUAACGGAUGAAUUACGCUGGAAUAGAGUGCAAAUAACGUGAGAACCGUUAUAUGAUUCAUUUUCAUUAGCAUUCGAAGGGGAAUUUUGAGAUUCGAAAACGAGCGAGAAUCGGGGCAGGGCUCUUAAGAAAAAUCAGCGUUUAAUUCAAAUUUAUGAUAAUUGGGUCUGUCGAUAUCGAGUUUAAUAGCGAUCCCUCAAACCCCUAGGAAUUUUCAAGGAAACAUCUGGAUUUUCUUUUAUUUUUUUUUUUUUUUUCCUUUCUUCCUAUCCUCGAGAAGGAUGGAAUGUCGAUCAAAGUAGUGAUUAGAAGGAUCGCGAUAAAAGUGGGGAUCAAGGGAGUCCUGGUAAAGAUUCCCGAUCGAUCAGAGGUGACACAAACGACCUUUUUACGAGCGACGAAAUCAGAUUCACUUUGAUCCUGGAUUACUAUCCGCAUUGAAAAGGAGAUUCUCGAGGCGUUCGAGGAGCAUCUUGAUUUCGAGAUCGUUCGACCCUUUUUUUUUUAAAAUUGCCUUUGUCGAUAAUUCUCGCGCUUAUUCCUCUUCAAUAACCUAUCGUUUAAGCUGUAAAAUUAAAAAAAAAAAAAGAGAAAGAAAAAAGAACCGACUAAUUACGUUUGUAUCGUUUCAACACGAUCAUUUACGACACGUGAGAAGAAAAUUUACACCCGGAUACAAUGUAUCCGUUACGAAAUAAAACCGAUAGAUGGAAUGGGGAAAUUUUUCGAAAUACCAUCAUCGUGUUUCUGCCUUACGGAAUCGUCCCGUUGAAAAUUUUAAAGCGGGGAAUUUGAUAUCGUUUUCGCGCGUGCUCAUCGGAACGUUCCAAUUUCAGCCACGUUGCCGAUAUCGUGCUGCCAAUUCGUCCAUUUCACGUAUUCGAAAAAAUUUAAUUUUCCAAGAAAUUAAAUUGGCCCCAAUUUCUGGUUUAUAUAAAUAAAAUCAGAAACAUAUCGCUAUAUCGAUUUAGUAAUGGAACAGUAGCCUGUCAAGGAUUAAUUCGCAAGAAAUAUAUAUAUAUAUGUAUUUAUCGUUAUUUUUUUAGCCUUCGACUGUUACGCCGUUUUAGCAGGAUCUUUAUAAAUUGCGCGAAGGUUAUUUUCGCUUGUGUACAUUUCACGAGUAUCGCGACGAGAAGAGUAUUGCUCGCGGAACUAAUCAAUUUUCGAUUAGCAAACACUGGGAUCGGAGUAAAAAGUUGAUUCGAUAUUUCUUGUUGCUCUGUGUACAACGUAUUUUUCCGUGCACAGCAUGCUCUGUGAAAACGGUACGAGAUAAUCGAUGCUACAAUUUUCUCAUGGAUUAUCUCUGUUGCCGAUGCGAUCGUUAUGAUCGCUCGAGAUUAAAAUGGCCAAUCGGAAUCUUCUUGUUGUCGAAUUUAAUUUCUUUUUAACAGGGAUAACGUACAUUUUUCGUCUUUUAAACACAUCGAAACGAGAUUUGGGAAUAAAAGUUUGGAAAGUCGGAUAUCAAUCUAUCGUUAAAUUGUUCUUUCUUCUCGGAUCGUUACCGUGAAACGGAGUUAAAUUUGUCCGGAAAAAAAAAAAACUGCGACAGAUUUUGCAGAAACGUCAAAUGGCAAGAUUUAUGCGCAGCUGGGAGGGAGGACAAUGAUCAAACAAUAGACAGGGCAAUUCGAGGCAAAACAAACUUAGUUGUGAAGUUUUAAGAAAGAUUUCGCUUCGAGUUAACAAUUGAGGAGGGGGGAAAAAAAAAAAAAGGAAAGAAAAGAAAAGAAAAGAGACAUUGGUGGAGGUUAACUAUAGAGUUUGAAAAACGAUCGUUUCAGUUUUUUAUCGAACUUUAAAAGACGGAAAACUGCUUGAACCGUCCUUUCCUUUGAUGUUCUUUUAAAAAUCGCUUCUUUUUACGUUUCUAAUCGUCUUUUUCGUCUCGUUUACAAUAAAUAUAAUUGUUAUUCUAAUCAACGAACCGUCCAAAUUCGUUUCAGUUUUAUGAUAAUAUC